CUAUGUUGUAUGCUAAAAAAAAUAAGAUUAUACUAUUUUAUACUAAUACAAUUGCUCAAAGAGAUUGUGUUUAACUAGUAAUAUUUGUUUCUCUCAAAAAGAUAGGGGUCACUUUUCAGUACUCCUGCACCUUCCCCUUGUGAGGAUAACGGCACAGAGCCUUUUUCUAAAAUGUUUUAUGAGAUUGGAGGGAUCUUAGACCAUUCCUUCAUAUCAGAUCCUUGAUAUCCUUUGUCUGUGCUUAUGGACUGCCCUUUUCAAUUCACACCACAGGUUUUCAAUGGGUUUCCAUUCUGUAGACUGAGAAGGCCUUCCCUAGGGAAAUGGCAUCAGGAAACCACAAUGAAAACAAUUAAAAAAUUGAUGAAUCACCUUAUGUGUUGGUGCCCUUGGCCCAUCUUCCACCUUGUAACUGGGAUUGGUAGUGUUGCUUUGCUGUAAGACGGCCUGAAAAUAGCCCUGUUUCCCCUAUAAAUAAGAGUCCGGGGGGAGAUUGCUUUGCUGAGCAGGACAAGGGGGUCAUUUGGUGGAAAGGGAUUUGGAGAGAGAGAGUAGCUUUAGAACAGUUCAGUCAUCACUGUACAUAUAGCUGUCUUUCCCACCUUUAUGUCAUAAAUACUGUAAGUAAGCUAACAGUUUUAUUCAAAACUUAGUAAGUAAUAAAGGCAUACAUGUGACUCCACACACACACACACACACACACACACACACACACACACUAUUACUUCUGCUUCCUUUCUCGCUCACUUUUGACAUUAUUGAUGGCUUCCUAUUGGUGGAAAUGGAGGGGGCAAUAUGUCAAUGUUUCCUGCCAUACCGUUCUUUCCCUAAAUAAACCCAGAUGUUCAGUAUAAAAAGGGAUUGAAGCUCAAAGCAGUCUGAUACAGAAGACUUUCUUUCACUCAAGCUAUAAGUUAUCAAUGUGACCAUCCUGGACCCUUUCUCUGAUUGGUCAGAGCCUGGAGGAGCGCUGUAACCGGAUCCUCCGGGACAUGGAGGGCUCCCUUACGGCCCGGGAUCGGGUGGGCAUCCAGGAUUUCGUUUUGCUGGACGCCUACACAAGUGAGAGUGCCGUCCUGGACAACUUGAGGAAACGCUUCAACGAGAACCUCAUUUACACCUACAUUGGUACGCUCUUAGUGUCAGUGAACCCCUACAAAGAGCUGGGAAUCUACACCAAGAAGCAGAUGGAUAUUUACAUGGGCGUCAACUUUUUUGAGCUUCCACCCCACAUCUACGCCCUGGCAGACAAUGUCUACCGCACCAUGUUAACAGAGACCAACAACCACUUCAUCUUGAUCUCAGGGGAGAGUGGAGCAGGAAAGACGGAGGCCUCCAAGAAGAUCCUGCAGUUCUACGCUGUGAGCUGCCCCAGUACCAAACUGCUGGACAACGUUCGAGACCGACUGCUGCUGUCCAACCCUGUGCUCGAGGCUUUCGGAAAUGCCAAAACCCUGAAGAAUGACAAUUCAAGCCGCUUUGGGAAGUACAUGGAUAUUCAGUUUGAUCACAUGGGGGGAGCUGUUGGUGGCCACAUCCUCAGUUAUCUACUGGAGAAGUCCCGGGUGGUGCAUCAGAACCAUGGAGAGAGAAGCUUCCACAUCUUCUACCAGCUGGUGGAGGGAGGAGAGGAGGACCUGCUACGCUGGCUGGGUCUGGAGAGGAACUGUCAGCGCUACAGUUACCUGGUACAGGUGGGAGAGGGGGAAUGUGCCAAAGUCAGCUCAGUCAACGACAAGAGUGACUGGAAGACGGUACGGAAAGCCCUCAGUGUCAUAGAGUUCAGUGAGAGCAAUAUAGAGAACCUGUUUGCAAUCAUUGCUAGCGUACUUCACCUGGGAAAUGUUACGCUUGUGGCUGACUCACAGGGAUACGCCACUCUCAACAACAGUCCGGAGAUACAUUGGCUGUCCAAGUUGCUGGGCAUUCCUGCACAGGUGAUACAGGUGGGUUUGACACACAGGAAGAUUGAGGCCCGGUCAGAAGAGGUGCUCAGUCCCUUCACCGUUGACCAGGCAGUAUAUGCCAAGGACGCUCUAGCCAAAGCCAUCUAUAGCCGCACCUUCACCUGGCUGGUCAACGAGCUCAAUGAGUCUUUAGCAAACAAGGAUUCCUCCAGGAAGACCGUGAUUGGUCUGCUUGACAUCUAUGGGUUUGAGGUCUUCAGUGUGAACAGCUUUGAGCAGUUCUGCAUCAACUACUGUAAUGAGAAACUGCAGCAGCUAUUCAUCCAGCUGACACUGAAGUCAGAGCAGGAGGAGUACGAGAUGGAGGGGAUUGAAUGGGAGUCAGUGCCAUACUUCAACAACAAGAUCAUCUGUGACCUGGUGGAGGAGAAAUUCAAAGGCAUCAUUUCAGUGCUAGACGAGGAGUGUCUACGUCCGGGAGAGGCCACAGACAUGACCUUCCUGGAGAAGCUGGAGGAGAAGAUGGGAGGUCACCCCCAUUUCGUCACACACAAGCUGGCUGACCAGAAGACCCGGAAGAUUCUGGAACGAGGAGACUUCCGCCUCUUACACUACGCAGGGGAAGUCACAUACAGUGUGGUCGGAUUCCUGGACAAAAAUAAUGAUCUCCUGUACAGGAACAUUAAAGAGGUUAUGCGCCAGUCUAAGAAUGCCAUUGUUAAACACUGCUUUCCCAGCACUGAGCCGGACAGCAAGAAGAGACCUGAAACAGUGGCCACUCAGUUUAAGAGCAGUCUGGUAGGCCUGACUGAGAUCCUCAUGUCUAAAGAGCCCUGGUACGUCCGCUGUAUGAAGCCUAAUGAAGGCAAGCAGCCAGGGCUCUUUGACGAUGUGUUGGUGAGACACCAGGUGAAGUACCUGGGGCUGAUGGAGCACCUGAGGGUCAGACGGGCCGGCUUCGCUUACCGCCGGAGAUAUGAGAUCUUUCUGCAGAGGUACAAGCCCCUGUGUCCAGACACCUGGCCUAACUGGAAAGGUACAGCCGCAGAGGGGGUGGAGUGCCUGAUCAAGCACCUGGGCUACAAGCCUGAUGAGUACAAAAUGGGAAGGACCAAGAUCUUCAUCCGCCAUCCCAGGACUCUGUUUGCCACCGAAGACGCCUUUGAGGUCUGCAAGCAUGAGCUGGCUACAAGGAUCCAGGCAAAGUACAAAGGCUACAGAGUGAAGGGAGACUACAUGAGACAGAGACAAGCAGCUACAAAGAUUGAGACAUGCUGGAGAGGCAUGAAGGCCAGGAGAGAGAGGGAGAAGAGAGCCUGGGCUGUUAAGGUCAUUAAGAGGUUCAUCAAGGGCUUCAUGACUAGAAAUCAGCCAGCCUGUGUUGACAACACAGAGUACCUGGCAUUUGUCAGGCAAAACUACCUCACACGGCUCAAGGAGAAUCUACCCAAAACAGUUGUGGACAAGAACACCUGGCUAACCCCACCUCCCAUUAUGCAGGAGGCCUCACAGAUGUUGAGGAAACUUUACACCCGGCACAUGGUACGGAGGUAUGUACAAGGAAUCAUGACAGAGCGGAAAGCACAGUUGCAAAUCAAAGGAUUGACCAGUUCCAUAUUCAAAGGAACAAAAGAGAACUACCCUCACAGUGUGGGAAUACCAUUCGUGGACACCAGGAUAAGUGAGGAAGAUAUCCACAUUAAAGUCUACCAGAUGAUUAGGCAAGAACACAUCAAGUACAGUGUCCCUGUGGUGAAGUACGACAGGAAUGGCUUCAGGCCACGUUUCAGACAGCUGAUCUACACUGGAAGUGCAGCCUACCUGGUGGAGGAGGCCAAGAUCAAACAGCGGGUGGAGUUCAACAACCUCAAAGGUGUGUCUGUCAGCACCCUGAGUGACAACUUCCUGAUCCUCCAUGUCCAAUGUGAGGAUAUCAAGCAAAAGGGGGACCUGGUGCUGCAGUGUGACUACCUGUUUGAGGCCUUGACCAAGUUGUGUCUGGUGGCCAACAAGCACAAUUUUAUCAAAGUAGUCCAGGGCAGUGUAAAGUUUGACAUCCAGCCUGGCAGAGAGGGGUUUGUUGACUUCAAGAGUGGCCAGGAGACCAUGAUUUACAGAGCAAAGAAUGGCCAUCUGAUGGUGGAAUCAACUCGAACAAAGUCCCGGGCAAUGAUACAAAAUUGAACUGGAUCCAAUAAUCAGAUUCUACAAGGUUUUAGGCAUCUUGGGACUUAAAUCAUGAAUGAGAACCUGUGUCCUCUCAAUAAGGGUUGGACAAUAAUGAAAUGAAUUGAAAUCUCAACAAACAGUUCAUACUGUGGAGGAAACUCCAAAGGAAUGACUACUGAUGCUCUACUCGGAUGAAAACUUCACCGGUUAUUAAGCUGUACAUCACAUGCAUGGGCUCAGUUGUGACUUAUCAAGCAAAGCGGUCAUCAUAAUAGGGUUCAUUUGUAAAAUAUGGUUUUGCUUUAGGUAUAUUUUCCCUAGAUGUCCCAUUUUAUAGCGAUAUAAGCAACAUGGUUAAAUCAUUCAAACAUUGUGAUUUUGAAGCCAUACUUUUUAUACUUUCUCAAAGAUGCUGUACCAUAUUUACAUUAAAACCAACUAAGUAUUCAUAAACAUCUUUUUUAUUGUAAGAAAAAUGUGUUAAAUACAGUGCAAAAGUCACUUGUACUUGUGAAAUGAUCGCAAAGAAUGUCACAAUUUUACGCAAUGUCUGGAGUUGCUUUGUCUCUUCAGCUGUGAUCCAUCUUCCAAACAAGUUUCGUCUUGUAACCAUGUCACACUCCAAUAAUUUUUGUAACAGGCAGCAAUGACAUCCAUUUUAUCACACAGAAGAAAACCAGAUUUCAUACAUGAUGUCAAAAGAUCAUUAAUCCUUGACUACGGUAGAAACGGUGGCUUUAUUCAUACCACUUACAAUUAAGAGGUGGGUUGUAACUUAUCGCUUCAGGUUUAAGUUCCCGUAGGCAAACAUCUAGGAUCAGCUUCCCCUCUAAAAAUCCUUAAUCAUUAGUGGGGGAACUACAAAACUGACCGAAGAUCACCAUCUAGAGGUAACGUCAACCUAAUAUAUAUCACACCUUUCAGUGUUUUUGUACAUAACACCCUCUGCUGGACGAAAUGAGUACAUACAGAAAAUAGAAGCACCCGAUUUCGAAACACAAGAUAAAAUGCUGUUAUACAGUUUACAUAUCACUUAUUCAAACUAAUGAAUAUGUAUUUUUUUAUUUUUUUUAUCUAAAACUGCUGUGGUAGGAAAAUGUAUUGUUCCACAUUGUACAUAAUGUAUAGAAUCCUUUGAAUGCAAUUGACCUGAACUAGCUAAACUGUGACACAUACCUGAACUUCAAAGCAAUGUUGUAGUGACGUGAUAAAGUAAAUCAUGAUAAAGAUUGUAAGCAGCACGUACACCCACAGACUUAAGGCACAAUAUCUCUACUGGGCACAAGUAAUAUGUCUACAUACAUACAUACAUAUAUACAAAGACAAAACAUAUGGAAAUAAAGGCGGUAAAAUACAUUUUGACCACUGAAAAAAAGAUGACGGUUUAGACAAUACUGAUAUGGCCAUUUGGGACAGAACAUUAAAAGCAUGUUCUACUUAUGAUAUCAGACAAGCAACAGUUCAUUAGUGGCUGUGGUGCAGAAGCGCAGAAGUCGCUUGUGGUCAAGGAUGUGAGAUUACCUGUGGGUAUACCGGUAGUGUGAUCUCAGUGAUGGGUAAUGGUCACUGGUGAGGUCUGCGGAUCCUGAUAAUGCUGGUUGGCUGGUAUAGUUACUGGUGGUGGUGGGUGCGGUCAUCGGGACGUUUGAUGUGGAUGCGGCGCACCCUCUCGAUGCGUUCCCGUUCCUCGUCCUCGUCCAGAUGAUGGGAUCGGCCUGCAGCGCCUCCUGUAGCCUCCAGUAGAGCGUUGUCUGGACCACGCCCAUCCUGAGACUCAUAAAGCAGGAUGUUAAGGGUCUCCUCAUAGAUACGAGCCUCUGGGAACUCCACCUGAGGAAAGAGAAUACUGCUACUUAGACCACUGCCCCUCGGUACAAAGACAAGUCUACUCACUGACAACCAGGCUAGUCUAUGAUUUGGUCAAAGCAAGAAACAUUCAUAUCUUCCUUUUCUGUGGUCGUGCUGUGGGAAACUGCAUACCUUGGUUUGUUUCUUCUCUGUGGCGUAGACUAUGGAGGUGCAGCAAACCUCAGCGAUCUUACGGCCCUGCCCAUAGAACGACCAGCAGCAGAUCUCAUCCCCGAUCACGUCCUUGAUGAAGAGCACGCGGCCGUUGAACCGCAGAGAGAGCUUGUCAAACAGCUCAAUGUUCUUCAGCAUGUUGUCAUCGGAGUUGCUGUGAAAAGGCACCAGAUGUUAAUGUCUAGUUGCCAAUCUGUUCAAAUCGCCAUACACAUGUACAUCAGUCUACCCAUGAUUAGGACUGUUGCGGUGACAGUAUUACCGCCACACCGAAGGUCACGAGUCAUGAAGGCAGUCAAAUGCCUUUUUUUGUGCAACGUUUUAGAAUCAUAGUCGCACACCUCAUGUAGCCUAGCCCAUAGACCAUGUUUUUUGCAAAUGGAACAUUUGCACUUAUAGCCUACUACCAUGUGCGCAUUGAUGCACUUACAAUGUGAAGAAAUAGCCUCAUAGUUUAUCAACAUUUUAAGCUAAACGCUCUGAUCUGUUGCGUCAGCCAUAUUGCAUAAAACAUUUUUUUUUUGAUGAUAGUGGUUGUAUUACUUUGAGAUCUAUCACAUCUCACAACUGUCCCAGACUAUGUUUGGAAUACUUAUUUCUCACACAGAAUAGAAUAGGUUGAUCUUUGUACUAUGGGUGACAGUAGAUUGACAUAGGCUAGUGCUUUUGCUGUUUGUUAGGCCAACUCAUCUUGUUGGCUGACGAAAAGUAAAUAUGGACAGUUCUUUAAUAUGCACCUCAGAAUUGGAUAAGGACGUGAGCAGUUGCAUCCCCGAUAUGUCUGUCUCCACUUGUAGCCUGUGAGAAAGACCUGAUCAUGUGAUGGAGCGUGCAGCACUCUGGUAGUGUUUUGCUAGCACAGACUGGAAUCUGUUCCGGGAUUCCUCCGAUGGCAUUGAGGAGCACACCACAUCAGUCAUUGGCUUCAUCAAUAAGUGCAUCGAUGACAUCGUCCCACAGUGACUGUACAUACAUACCCCAACCAGAAGCCAUGGAUUACAGGCAACAUCCGCACAGAGAUAAAGGCUAGAGCUGCCGCUUUCUAGAAGCAGGACUCUAACCUGGAAGCUCAUAAGAAAUCCUGCUAUGCCCUCCGACGAACCAUCAAACAGGCAAAGCGUCAAUACAGGACUAAGAUAGAAUCGUACUACACCGGCUCUGACGCUCGUCGGAUGUGGCAGGGCUUGCAAACCAUUACAGACUACAAAGCACAGCCCAGAGCUGCCCAGUGACACGAGCCUACCAGACGAGCUAAACUACUUCUAUGCUCGUUUCGAGGCAAAUGGCACUGAAACAUGCAUGAGAGCACCAGCUGUUCCGGAAGACUGUGCGAUCACGCUCUCCUCUGCCAAUGUGAGUAAAACCUUUAAAACAGGUCAACAUUCACAAGGCCGCAGGGCCAGAUGGAGUUUCAGGACGUGUACUCCGAGCAUGCGCUGACAAACUGGCAAGUGUAUUCACUGACAUUUUCAACUUCUCCCUGUCCGAGUUUGUAAUACCAACAUAGUGCCUGUGCCCAAGAACACUAAGGUAACCUGCCUAAAGACUACCGACCCGCAGCACUCACAUCUGUAGCCAUGAAGAGCUUUGAGAAAGAAUGGUAAUGGUUCAUAUUAACACCAUUAUCCCAGAAACCCUAGACGGACUCCAAUUUGCAUACCACCCCAACAGAUCAUGAAAUCUCUAUUGCACUUCAUACUGCCCUUUCCCACCUGGACAAAAGGAACACCUACGUAAGAAUGCUAUUCAUUGACUAAAGCUCUGCCUUCAACACCAUAGUGCCCUCAAAGCUCAUCAGUAAGCUAAGGACCCUGGGAGUAAACACCACCCUCUGCAACUGGAUCCUGGACUUCCUGACAGGCUGCCCCCAGGUGGUAAGGGUAGGUAACAACACAUCCGUCACGCUGAUCCUCAACACAGGGGCCCCUCAGGGGUGCGUGCUCAGUCCCCUCCUGUACUCCCUGUUCACUCAUGACUGCACGGCUAGGCACGACUCCAACACCAUCAUUAAGUUUGCCGAUGACACAACAGUGGUAGGCCUGAUCAACAACAACAGCGAGACAGCCUAUAGGGAGGAGGUCAGAGACCUGACCGUGUGGUGAUGAUUGUGGACUACAGGAAAAAAGAGAAAUAAAAGUAACAAGUAAUUAAAGAGUAACAGUAAAAUAACAAUAGCGAUGUACAUGUGGGUAGAGUUAUUAAAGUGACUGUGCAUAGAUAAUAACAACAGAGUAGCAGCGGUGUAAAGGGUGGGGGUGGGGGGUUAAGGAAAUGCAAAUAGUCUGGGUAGCCAUUUGACACACUGCCUGGUAUAGAGGUCCUGGAUGGCAGGGAGCUUGGCUCCAGUGAUGUACUGGGCCAUUCGCACUACCCUCUGUAGUGCCUUGUGGUCGGAGGCAGAGCAGUUGCCAUACCAGCCAGUGAUGCAACUAGUCAGGAUGCUCUCGAUAGUGCAGCUGUAGAACUUUUUGAGGGUCUGAGGACCCAUGCCAAAUCUUUUCAGUCUCCUGAGGGGGAAUAGGUUUUGUCGUGCCCUCUUCACGACUGUCUUGGUGUGCUUGGACCAUGUUAGUUUGUUGGUGAUGUGUACACCAAGGAACUUGAAUCUCUCAACCUACUCCACUGCACCCCCGUCGAUGAGAAUAGGGACGUGCUCGGUCCUCUUUGUUUGUUUGUUUGUAGGUGACCAAAUACUUAUUUUCCACCAUAAUUUGCAAAUAAAUUAAUUAAAAAAUCCUACAAUGUGA